AUGAACCGAAGCGAUAAAUUUACCGAAGCGUGGAAAAGAGGAAUCUAUCUAUCUAUCUAUCUAUGUUCAUUAUCUCUCUCAGUUCGUUCACAUCUAUCUAUCUAUCUAUCUAUGUAUUUCUGUUCCCAUCUAUCUAUCUCUGCUGUUUCUGUAUCUAUCUAUCUAUCUAUCUAUCUAUCUAUCUAUCUAUCUAUCUAUCUAUCUAUUUCUGUUCCUAUCUAUCUAUCUAUCUAUCUAUCUAUCUCUCUAUCUAUCUAUCUAUCUCUGCCGUUUCUCUAUCUAUCUAUCUAUCUAUCUAUCUAUGUAUUUCUGUUCCCAUCUAUCUAUCUCUGCUGUUUCUCUAUCUAUCUAUCUCUCUAUCUAUCUAUCUAUCUAUCUAUCUAUCUAUCUAUCUAUUUCUGUUCCCAUCUAUCUAUCUAUCUAUCUAUCUCUGCCGUUUCUCUAUCUAUCUAUCUAUCUAUCUAUCUAUCUAUCUAUCUAUCUAUCUAUGUAUUUCUGUUCCCAUCUAUCUAUCUAUCUCUGCCUUUUCUGUCUCUAUCUAUCUAUCUAUCUAUCUAUCUAUAUAUAUAUAUAUAUAUAUAUAUAUAUAUAUAUAUGUUCAAUAUCUAUCUGUCUAUGUUCAUUAUCUAUCUCAGUUCGUUCACAUCUAUCUAUCUAUCUAUCUAUCUAUCUAUCUAUGUUCAUUAUCUAUCUCAGUUCGUUCACAUCUAUCUUUCUAUCUAUCUAUUUCUGUUCCCAUCUAUCUAUCUAUCUAUCUAUCUAUGGAUCAAUUUCAUAUUCCCUAGAUACGAACACAGAACUUGA